CCUUCCUAUUCCCUUUUCCUCUGUCUGUCGUCAGUUUUUGAUCUCCAGUCUAACUAACUUACUGGUGUAUCUGGCGGGAACCUUUUCGAUCGACGGCGAGAGUCCGUCGACCGGAGUUUUCUGCCGAGUCAUUCUUCUCCGUUGUUGUUAAUCCAAGAUCAUGUUAUUGCUAAGCAAGAAUGACUAGUCCUUCACACUUAAGCAACAACGUUCAACUAAUUAAGAUGACUUGGGCCCAUUGGAGAAAUGCCGAAAGCAUAAUUCAAAAUUUCAAUGUUUUGGAGCAGGAAAAAUGUGAAAGCUACUUGAUUUUUCGAAGUGAAACUGCUCUUUCAAAUGGUUUCCGAGCCUUUUUAUAUUUUCUUGGUAUUGCAUACUGCUUCCUGGGGUUGUCAGCCAUAACUGGUCGCUUUUUCCGGUCUAUGGAGCAUGUUGUCAAGCACACCCGUGAAGUGGUGGAGAUUGAUCCUAUUACCAAUCAGGAGAUUACUAGGCAUGAAAAAGUAUGGAAUUACACUAUUGCAGACAUCAGCCUGUUGGCCUUUGGGACUAGCUUUCCCCAAAUAUCAUUAGCUACAAUUGAUGCUAUAAGGAACCUUGGCAACCUCAAUGCUGGAGGUUUGGGUCCUGGAACGCUUGUUGGUUCUGCAGCAUUUGAUCUUUUCCCUAUCCAUGCAGUUUGUGUUGUAGUACCCAAAGGUGGGGAGAUGAAAAAGAUAGCUGAUAUAGGUGUUUGGCUAGUGGAGCUCUUUUGGUCUUUUUGGGCUUAUAUUUGGUUAUACAUAAUUCUAGAGGUAUGGACUCCAAAUGUGGUUACACUUUGGGAGGCGUUAUUGACGGUAUUGCAAUAUGGAUUACUUCUGACACAUGCUUAUGCACAAGACAAGCGCUGGCCUUACUUAUCCCUACCUAUUGGAAGAACUGAGAGGCCAGAGGAUUGGGUCCCUGAAGAGGUGGCUUCAGUUGAUCAUGACAAUAAUGACAAGUUUGUUGUUGAUAUUUUUUCCAUUCAUUCUGCACCAUCUACAGAGUAUCAAAAAGUACCUGCUGAUGAAAAUAUUCCUGAACCUUCUGGCAAAUCUUCUCGCAAGGAGAUACUUUUGGAGGAUCCCAAUGUUCUUACACUUUGGAAACAGCAGUUUGUGGAUAUAUUCAAGGUGGAAAAAUCAGACUCAAGAAAAUUGGAUAAUAUUUAUUUACAGCUUGCAAGAAUAGUUUGGCAGUCACUUCUUGCACCAUGGAGAUUCAUGUUUGCUUUUGUGCCUCCUUAUCAUAUUUCUCAUGGUUGGAUUGCAUUCGUUUGUUCUCUCCUUUUCAUCAGUGGGAUAUCCUACAUCGUAACAAAGCUCACAGAUCUCGUAAGCUGCGUCACAGGAAUUAAUCCUUAUGUCAUAGCUUUUACAGCACUGGCAUGCGGAACUUCGUGGCCAGAUCUGGUAGCAAGCAAGAUUGCUGUCGAACGUCAAAUAACUGCAGAUUCUGCAAUUGCAAACAUCACUUGCAGCAACUCGGUAAAUAUAUACGUGGGCAUCGGUGUUCCAUGGCUGAUCAACACUCUGUACAAUUUCUUCGCCUAUAGGGAACCCUUAGGGAUUCAGAAUGCAGAGGGACUAAGCUUCUCUCUGCUUGUAUUCUUCUCUACUUCUGUAGGUUGCAUUGCUGUUCUGGUGUUCAGGCGUCUAACUCUCGGUGCCGAGCUCGGAGGGCCUAGAUUCUGGGCUUGGGUUACCUGUGUGUACUUCAUGUUGCUCUGGAUUAUUUUUGUUGUGCUUUCUUCCCUUAGAGUUUCUGGCAUCAUAUAAGAAAAAGCUCAAGUUGUAAUCUUUACUUCUUUCAUCCCUGCCCCCUUCUCUUUAGUGAUUAUUGGGUAGAAAAUAUAUUCUUCUUUUUCCUAUUAUACUCCCUCGAAGUAAAAGGACUCUUAAAAGCAAGAUUUUAAAUUCCCUUGUAAUAUAAAGCAUUAGUAGAAUGGUUGGUGAUUUUUUGUUUUUAUAUAAGAUUGUAAGUUAAAGUUGAAU